AUGGGCUCCUCACACAGCACUGAAGUUCCUGGAGGUGGAACUGAGGGAUAUCAUGUUUUACGGGUUCAAGAGGGUUCACCCGGCCAAAAAGCUAAUCUUGAAGCAUUUUUUGACUUCAUUUUAGCAAUUGAGACUACCAGAUUAGACCAAGACAAUGACACGUUAAAAGAAUUGUUAAAAAACAACGUUGAUAAACCUAUCAAAAUGCUUAUAUACAGCAGUAAGACACAAUCAGUAAGAGAGGUAAUGAUCACACCAAGUGCUAACUGGGGUGGCCAAGGAUUGCUUGGUGUUAGUAUCAGAUUUUGCUCCUUCGAAGGCGCCAAUGAAAAUGUGUGGCAUGUAUUGGAAGUACAUCCGUCAUCUCCAGCAGAACUAGCUGGCCUUAGACCAUUCUCUGAUUAUAUAAUAGGUUCAGAUUCUAUUUUGCAUGAAAGUGAAGACUUAUUCACUCUCAUAGAGGCUCAUGAAGGAAGAGCUCUAAAGUUGUAUGUAUAUAAUGCAAAUGAUGAUACAUGUCGUGAGGUUCUCAUAACACCAAACCAUAACUGGGGAGGGGAUGGUAGCUUGGGAUGUGGCAUAGGGUAUGGCUACUUGCAUAGAAUUCCCAUAAGGCAUAGUCCUCCUACUAACUCUCCACAGCAACUGUACAAUCCAGGAAUGGUGUCUCAACAAACUUAUAUUCCACAAAAUACAGUAUCUCAAAACCAAAAACUAACUGUAAAUGAUGAGAAAGCCAGCCCUGUUAUUAACACGAAUGCUGAAGGGGAACAACAGAAUCCCCCUCCACCAUUUUUGACCGGAGUACCAAUGGUUACCCCUGGAAAUUUCCCAUCUCCGAAUAAGUUUAAUGAACAAUAUUUGCAGUAUCCACAGCAAAACUCUAUCGAAAACAUUGUAGAGCAGCCAACCCAACAGUCACCAUCCUCCUCUGCACAGUCUAUGGUAUCUAACAUGGCUGCAUAUUCUAGUAAUUUUGCAGAUGCAACAUUGACACAACUUGGAAGCAUACCAUCAGUAUCUAGUAUGCAGCCUCCAGCACCACUGCCCAGUCUGCCUGGUAUGCCGAUGAAUCAGCCUCAGCCAUACAUACCAAUGAUGCCAAAUUAUAGUCAGUCUCAGGCUUCUGUGACUCCAGCUGCUUUCCCUACAACUGCACCAAAUCUAGUACCUACAUUUGACAUGAGCAAUUUUGCUGCAACACCAAUACAACCACCUCCAAUUUCAACAGGAGUAUCAGUUGUAACACCUGUCUCAUUACCAGGUAUGCCUUCUAUAACAGUUAGUGCUACACUUCCCGUUUCAACUAUACAAGAAAUUCACCAGCAACAAUCAUUACACCAAAAGCAAGACUUAUUAUCAUGAAAAAUUGUUAGUUUAUUUAUGUUACGUAUUUUAAGCAGAAUUCACUUACUGGCCUUAAAUGACAUUUAUUUUAUAAAAUUGAUGAAAUGUUCAAAGAAUGCUAGACAUUUUAAUUUGCCAAUGUAUUGUUACAAAUUGUAUCUUAAUAGAUAGAUGAUAGUAAAAGGGAACCUCAAGGCUUAAUGUCUUAAUAUAUUAUGUUUUUUGCCUUACCAUUAUUGAUUAUUUAAUAAAAAUGAGAAUUAAACAUAAUGCAAACA